AUGACUGCUUGGCUUUGUUUGCUUGCCCAAAUGGUUUCUUGUGAAGAACCACGAUUGAAUGAUGGUAGUGGAUCAGAGACCGCCGACGAUGUUACUGAAACCUCACCAACACCACCACUGCCUACAAAGAACAAAGGCAAAGCCAAGCUGCCUUUAGCUUUCAUUGAGAGCUUGGCAUGGAAACAUUUCUGCUCUAAAACUAAGUUGCCCGAUCCUCAUUCUAGAAGAAUAGCUACAAGAGACAUUGUGGAAUCUCAUUUCGUUGAUGCUUGGUGGCAACUAAGGAAGCUUAUCAUUGGAUUCAAGAAUGUGUAUGAUCAUAAAGGUGCAACUAUAGGUAAGGUUCUUAUUGAUUGUAUGGCUAAGUGGGACAUCAAGCGAGUAUUUUGCAUUACCGUUGAUAACGCCACAGCUAACAUUAAUGCCAUGGAGACAUUCAAGGAAGAGUUCAAGCAGAUAGGAGAUGAUGAGGUGAUUCUGAACAGUGACUUUCUCCAUUUAAGAUCUUCCACACCUAGGCUCAAGGCAUUUGAGAAUCAUGUGGAAUCAAGAAGGAUUCAAAGAGGAAGCUUGCCUCUAGAUGUGAAGACUAGAUGGAAUUCGACUUAUGUGAUGUUAGACCAAGAUUUGAAGUUCAGAUGGCAUUUGACAAGAUGCAUGAGCUUGAUUUUUCGUAUAUCAAAUACUUCAAGGAUGUUGUGGAGUAUUAAUCCUGGUCCUGAUGAAGCAUUACGUGAGAAAUCCUUCUCAAUGUUGAUGAAACUAAGCAAGUAUUGGGAUCCAUUUGAUAAAAGGGUAGAGAUGAAUAAGCUGAUAUUUGUAGCAGCCGUGUUUGACCCAAGCAAGAAGAUGAAGUUUAUUGAGAAACGUUUUGACAAGCUUUAUGGUAAAGGUCCGAAGUCUGAUGAUCUCAAAGAGGAAGUGUUGAAUAUUUUCAAGAAUCUGUUUGACGAGUAUAUCAGUGCACUAAACAAGAAUGAAAGUGGUGAAUCAGGUUCAUUGGCGCAGUCAAAUGAAGCGUCUACUCGUUCAGGCCAGUCUAGAGAAGAAGCUUCUCAGAAAAUGGUUCUUGUAAAUGGUUCUUGA